CUAAGUAUGGCUUAAUAGGCGUAUGUUUGGUCAUACCCAAGUAACUAGUUUUACCUGAACAGGGCGUGUGAUCAAAUGUAAUGCCUACAUUUUUCAUGUCGUAAUUUCGUCCAUAUUAUGUCUGAACUAUGCACAUUGCCACUAAUACGUGUGAUGCACACGCCGCCUUAAAACACGCCUACUAAAGUACGUCGCCUCAAAGCCGUGUGAUCAUAGUCUCUGUAUGGCUAACAGCGUUUGACAGUUUCCGGGUCUGAACGCAGGGCAGGGUUGUAUAGUUGUAGGCGUGUUGUUGUUGUCUCUGUAUCCAAGGACAGCUCAUUUUUAAACACUCGGUAACCUCUUCAUUUGUUAUGCACACCUACUAAAAGUCCUCUAGCUGGGCGACAUCCGACACAGUUCCGAAUUUGGUCGUGAAAAGCAGCGCUGCCUUUUUCUUCCUGCUAACUUGUUAGCCAGGUCAAGCUAGCACACACAGCCCAGACUAACGACGCUCCCGGAAAUCCGCUCUGCGUCCUUUCACCGUAAAACACACCGCGCCGCGUUUGAACAGAACACGUUUACUUUGAAAAUUAAAAGAAAAGUUGUCCGAUCGUCCUCGUUUUUACUGUGUCGUGCUCGACACUUGUGCAACUACUACAGUUGCACGUAUUUUGCUACGUUGUCUUGUUUUUAUCCCGUGUACUGUUAAGUGGCUUUGAGGCGUCUGCUUGUGUUUACUGUACUUUGACGGGUGUUUUUGUUAGCCCACAGGGGUAUCAUGUCGGACGUGUGCUCUGCUUUGUAGGAGUCUUUCAGAAAGAGUUGUCGCUAGGCCUUCUCCGGGUUAUUUCCAUCACUGCCCCUGGCUAACAAGUCCCUGAACAGAAAUGUCAAUGGAGGACUAUGAAAGACACUUCGACUCGCUAAACUCGGACCUGGGCGGCGGGUCCGUGGUCAGUGAGCGGUCCGCAUCGAGCACAUUUAAUGGCGAAGAGGAGAAGCUGCAUUACAUUCCUAUCCGGAUCCUCGGGAGGGGGGCGUUUGGUGAAGCUACUCUGUACAGAAGAACAGAGGACAACUCUCUGGUGGUAUGGAAGGAGGUGGACCUAAACUCGCUGUCAGAAAAGGAGCGCAGGGACGUGAUGAACGAAAUAAACAUCCUCUCCAUCCUGGAGCACAACAACAUCAUAGCCUACUUCAAUCACUUCAUGGAUAAAAACUCUCUGUUUAUUGAGCUGGAGUACUGCAAUGGGGGAAAUCUGUACGAUAAAAUUAACCAACAGAAGGGGAAACUUUUCACUGAGAAGGUGGUCAUAUGGUACCUGUACCAAAUUGUCUCAGCUGUGGCUCACAUUCACAAGGCUGGGAUCUUGCACCGGGAUAUCAAGACUUUGAACAUUUUCCUGACCAAGACAGACCUCCUUAAGCUGGGCGACUACGGUCUCGCCAAGAAGCUCGACUCUGAGUUUUCAAUGGCAGAGACGUGUGUGGGAACUCCGUAUUACAUGUCUCCUGAACUGUGCCAGGGAGCAAAAUACAACUUCAAAUCUGACAUCUGGGCCAUGGGUUGUGUAAUCUUUGAAGUCUUGACUCUUACGAGGACAUUUGAUGCUACGAACCCACUGAACCUCUGCGUGAAAAUAGUCCAGGGCAACUGGACUAUGGAGGUGAACUCGGACGUUUAUUCGUCCGCGUUGAUCAAACUGGUGUACGAGUGUCUCGAUCAAGAUCCUGCAAAGAGGCCCACGGCGGAGCAGGUUCUAGACCAGCCAUUGAUCUCCUCCUGCCGACAGGAGCUCGAGGAGCGGGUUUCCCUGCUGAAUUCAGCAAUGAAGAAACCGAAGCUGAGCACAGCGAGCGAGACCCCUGUCGCUGUGGUGACUACCCGCUCGAGGGAAGUGUAUUUCUGGGGGGGAGGGAAGUUCACCCCCCAGAAAAUGGACACAUUCAAAGGAGGCAGCAGUGCCCAGCAUGUGUGUGCAGGAGAGAGCCACUUUGCAGUGGUGACAGUGGAGAAAGAGCUUUACACCUGGGCUAACGUCCAAGGCGGAGCCAAGAUGGUGGGCCAGCUGGGGCACGGAGACCAGGCCUCGUACAGGCAGCCAAAGAAGGUGGAGAAGCUCCAGGGGAAGGCCAUCCGACAGGUGGCAUGCGGUGCUGACUUCACUGCCUGCGUCACCGAUGAGGACCAGAUGUACAUGUUCGGAUCGGACUAUUACGGCUGCAUCGGGGUAGAGGGCGAGCAGGGCAUGGAGGUUCUUGAGCCGGUGCUCCUGGAGUUUUUUGAGGAGCGGCAUGUGCGCCAGGUUUCCUGUGGGGACAACCAUGUGGCGGUGCUGACUCAGAACGGGGACAUCUACUCGUGGGGCUGUGGAGAGUAUGGGCGUCUUGGUCUGGAAUGUGAGGAUGACUUCUCUUCUCCCAUGCAAGUGGAGAUUCCCAAAGGUGCCACCAUAUCCUCGGUGUCAUGUGGCAGCGACGGAACCUUUUUUUUGACAGAUACUGGCAAAGUCCUAGCAUGUGGAAACAACGAAUUCAACAAGCUGGGAUUGAAUCAGGGAUACUCUGGUCUCAAAAACCACCCCGGAGAGGGAUACCAGGGGAUCCCAUACAUCACCACGCUGACCUUGGUGAAGCAACUGUCGCACUUCAAGAUCCAGGUGAUAGCUCCAGGGAAGAGUCACACAGCUGCCGUUGACGAACGGGGUCGUCUGGUCACAUUUGGCUGCAACAAGUACGGCCAGCUGGGUGUGAAGGACUUCAAGAAACACCAAGGUGUCCAAGUCCUUGUUGGACCGUUUGGUGGGAAGCCGGUGACCAAAGUGUCUUGUGGAGACGGGUUCACUAUCGCAGCCACUGAGGACAACCAGAUCUUUGCGUGGGGAAACGCUGGGAAUGGGAGACUUGGCAUGCCUGCUGACAAAGGCUUCGGUUCAGAGGUUUGCCCUGCAAUGCCGCGACCCAUCUUCGGUUCCCUCCACCACGUGCCAGACCUUUCUUGCCGCGGUUGGCACACCAUUAUCAUAAUGGAAAAAGUGCUCAACUCGAAGACCAUCCGCUCAAACAGCAGUGGACUGUCGAUUGGCAGUGGGCUGGGCCAGGAGGCGUCUACAUCCACAGUGGAUCUGGACAUGGAGCCUGGUUCGGAGACGGAGUGUCGCGACAGAGGCCUCGGGGGAACGCUGGAGGUCAAUACGGAGGACGGCCUCUUGGGGACCUCGAUGAUGUCAAUGGCCAACCAGACUGGAGACAGCUCCUGCCCCCUCUGGCUCAGAAAGGAGCUCGAGAACGCUGAGUUCAUCCCGAUGCCUCAUGACUCCGAGGACUUCAUUCCUGCCGAGAUGUCCUCUUUCUCUGAGAGCGUCACUCGACCGUACGAGGAACUGAAAGAGCUAAAGGCUGCAGCAGAGGCAGUCGGCAGUAAGAAAGACCUAUCGACCAGGCGAAGCUAUGAUAAAGUGAAUGGGCUGGAGGAGGCUGACCUCUGCAGGAAAGGAGAAUCGGGUGCAUGCUGCAAAGAAAGCUGUGAGGUGGCACAGCUGCGGGAGACAAUCGCCCGUCAAGAGAUGAGAAUCCAGACGCUUGAAAAGCAGGUCACUGAUCAGCAGAAGGAGAACGAGAGGCUCUGGGCGGCGAUCAAUCGCCGGGCGCUACAGGAAGCGGAACGUGACCGCAAUGGAAACCAUCGCUCUGAUUCUGCGCCUGAUGGGGACGGAGGAGGAAGAAGAGGCGGAUUCACGAACCACGGAGGUCGAUCUGCCGGGGCCAGCGUGUGAGAGUUCACCUGAGGAUGUCUUGGUUAUAUAGACGGUCUGAGCACACGCUGGUUAGAUGGAAGCAGAGGUUCAGUUAGAGGUGCAGCACAGGCUGCAUCCUCAUUCCCUCUCAGUGGUUACAUUACAGUAUAGAUGUUUAACAGAGUGCAAAGUUGCAUGAUUACAUUUUAUUGCAUAAUGUAUAAUACAUUGCACACUUUAAAUGCACACUUGUUUUCACCUGGGUGCCGUGGCCUAGCUGGUUUCUGCACAUAGAAAUGUUGGCUGGAUUCAACAUCGGACCUUAACACCUGCGAGAGACAAUCUGAUCACAGUGCUUGGCUGCAAGGUGAACGUUAAGUCUACAACUUGGUGAUAUUGUUGACUUUUCAGCCUACAGUGCCUCAGAUAUAGGUAUUUAUCACGUCCAGGUAAGACCAGCUUAUGCAAAUAGGAAACUCUUUCCUAGUGUAUUCAAAGUUCAUGUUUUGUUCUCUUCAAAUGUUGAGAUAUGAGGAGAUGGGCAGACAGCAGGCCACAUGCUGGCAUCAUUUUCCAAUGUGAUCUUUCUUAUGCAUCACUUUUUUUUAAAUGGUUUUCAUUUCAUCAGAUAUUUUUAAAAGUGACAAAUAAGAUAUAGCCUUUAAGACGUUUUCAUAGAAACAUAUUCAUUAUCUGAUGCAAAUAUAUCUACUUUUCAAAUGUGCAUGUUUUGUUAUCGUCUUGAGAAAAUUUGUGUGAAACACGAAACUACUGAUCUGUUUUUUACAAGUUUUUUUUUUUUUUUUUCAUAUUGUAUGUGCAGCACAUGUUGGUCUGUUUUCUUUGUGGUAUGUAUGGACACUUGAACAAUUUUCUAAGAAUGGUAACAUGGCUUUAAGGCAUAAAGUUAUUAUGUUAUUUUGUUUUUUGACCAUUUUGCCUAAAUUUGGUACUUUGCUAUUUUGUGCCUCCUUUGUGAAAGUGAAUGUGUAAUUGUAUAUUUUUUUGUGUGUUAACAUCUGUUGGCGUGUUGCAUGUGUUGAAUAUGUGUGUGUGUGUGUGUGUGUGUGUGUAAAAUCCAUAAAAAAAAAGCCACAACUUGUGUGAGUUGAGCUGUCAGAUGUCAGCUGUGUAACACUGGCAGCAUUUUCAUGCAGUAAAAUGCAGCAUAGCUCCAAAGUACCUUAUCAAGCCAUUGAAUACACAAUUAUUGCAAUGCUGUGCCUUGAAUUUGUUUACAGUGUGUUGUGCAUUUGAAAAUGUGGUUUACUUUUUUCAGCAGUUUACCAAAUAAUGUGGGAACGCGACGGUUUUAUAAACUCUGCUGCUUUCACUGUCACUGUUGCCUCAUACUUUGUGCACAAGCUAUGAAUAAAAAUAACAGCGGUCUUUUA